AUGGAUAGAGAAGAUCAUAAGAGAUCAGUGGAAGGCAAAAAGGAUAAGGAUGCAAGGCUUGAUCGACAUUCUGCUCACUCCCCCAUCUCUGUUAACGGUCAAAAAAUUGCUUGCUAAUGAGGGUUAAUUUUUUUUAAAAAAAUUAUAUGUAAAAAUUGGAAAGCAAAAGUUAAUUUAAUUUAUUUGAAAUGCAAUCUGUUUAAAAUUCAAUAGAAUUAGCUAGAGAUUUCAUUAUAAUAAUUGCUACUUAUUAAAAAUUUGGUUUUUGAAGAGUUUUUUCCCCUAAAAUAAUGGUUUUUAUCGAUAGCGGUGGUUGAGUCAGGGAGUUGACCCAAACCCUAAGAAAGGUGGACAUGGUGGCUGGGGAACUUAUAAUGAAAGCGAAGCUAUAGAAGUAGCUGACAGAGGCGAUCCAAACUACGAUCCAGAAGAAGAAAAGAAGCAGUCUUAA